CGGUGAACGCGCUCUUGAUUCUUCUGUACUCCAGUCAGGUGCAGUCCUUCUCUAGUCUCUCUGUUCGUUUUUAGUAGUCACAGUUUACUCUGAAACAGAGUUAUGGCAGCUCUCAAAUAUGCAGGUAUGGACGACACAGACAGUGACGACGAGUUACCUCCUGGAUGGGAAGAGAGAUCUACGAAAGAUGGUUGGGUUUACUAUGCCAACCAUGAUGAAAUGAAGACCCAGUGGGAACAUCCAAAGACAGGAAAGAAAAAGAGAUGUGCUGGAGAUUUACCAUACGGCUGGGAACAAGAAACUGAUGAAAAAGGACAGACAAUUUAUGUUGAUCACAUAAACAAGCGGAACACGUACUUUGACCCACGACAGGCUUUUACUGUAGAGGAUGUAGUGGUGAAGCCGAAACGUUACGACGGAAACACUGCUGCUCUAGAGAUCCUGCAGGGUCGUGACCUCUCUGACAAGGUUGUCCUCAUUACAGGCGGCAACUCUGGUAUAGGCUUUGAGACAGCCAGAUCUUUUGCUCUUCAUGGUGCCCAUGUGAUCCUGGCAUGUCGGAACCUGUCCCGGGCCAGCAAGGCGGUGAGCCUGAUACAGGAUGAGUGGCACAGAGCAAGAGUAGAAGCCAUGAUGUGUGACCUGGCCUCUUUCCGCAGUGUCCGGGAAUUUGCUGAGUCCUUUAAGGCUAAGAAACUACCCCUGCACAUUCUGGUGUGUAAUGCAGCUGUGAGCACUCAGCCCUGGACCCUGACAGAGGACAGCCUGGAGUCCACCUUCCAGAUCUGUCAUCUAGGCCACUUCCUGCUUGUCCAGUGCCUUCAAGACGUGCUUCGUCGUUCGGCUCCUGCGCGAGUGGUGGUGGUUUCAUCAGAGUCCCACAGGUUCACAGACCUCUUAGACUCAUGUGGAAAGGUGGACUUGGCCCUACUGUGUCCCCCAAAGAAGGAGUACUGGUCCAUGCUGGCAUACAACCGAGCCAAACUGUGCAACAUCCUUUUCAGCAACGAGCUUCACCGCCGUCUGUCUCCUCACGGCGUCACCUCCAACGCAGUGCAUCCUGGGAACAUGAUGUAUACCUCCAUUCACCGCAGCUGGUGGCUGAUGACCUUUCUCUUCACACUUGCCAGACCUUUCACCAAGUCUAUGCAACAAGGGGCGGCCACCACGGUGUACUGCGCCAUCGCUCCCGAGCUUGAGGGCUUAGGCGGCAUGUACUUCAACAACUGCUUCCGCUGCUUGCCAUCCGUGCAGGCCCAGGACCAGAGCAGUGCCGCCAGCCUGUGGGAGCUGAGCGAGCGGCUUGUGGCAGAGAGGUCAGCAAGCAUACAGGCCCUCUGAUGGACACAGUAGGAAGAAGUGGAGGCAAAGGAAGGGGCAGCAGGUCAUGUUAAUGUCCAUUUAGGUAUGAAAAGAAUAAAAGGUAACUGUACUCUGACUGUACAAGAGAGCUGCCAAACCACGGGAGCCUGUCUGGAUGUGUCACGUCACUAUGGGGGCUAAAACACACUACAUAUACAGUCGAGGAGGGGGCCGGGGUUCAUAUACACUCAAUUUAAUAAAUGAAAGCUGUUCAGCUCUGCUGUGGUAGUUUACAAUGGGAAGAUUGGGGUCAGAAGAUUUCAGAACUCUCCUUUUCUUUGUCUGUUUUUCUUCUUCUCUCUAGUCUUCUCCAUAGAAUGAUCCAUCUAGCAAACAACACAGGGUUCUUGUAUAUAGAUACAUUGUUGCAUAUGCAACUUUUACCAGCAAUACUCUGCAAAAAGUCUUCCCAAGUUUUGUCUGUAUAUUCAGUUUCCUAUUGUCUUGUUCUACAUCCAUGUUGAUGUCUCCUCAUCAUUUGUUAAUCUUUGUGCUAAAUCCUUUUGGGCAUAGAAGAAAUAAAGUAUAAUGGCCAUGUGACACUCAUGGUUAAUAAACACUCUAGAGGCAUGAUUAUUAUGGCUAUUUACAUUAUUCUGUAAUAAUUUUAUUUCUUACCAAUGUCCCUAUUCCUUUUCUGUACAAUAUUUACAAUUUCUUGUCUGGGCAUGUGCUAAACAUUAUGGACGUCUUAUUUUUUAUUUUUGCUAUUUGACUCAACCUACAUUUUAAUAAUCUAAACUCUGGUAAGUCUAAAUUAUAAUUUUGAGGUGUUUCUGAGGUGAUCUGUGUCAGUUUACAGCAGAUACAGACUGUAGGAAACCUUUUUUUAAGGAGUCCAAGACCUUUAAAUUUUUGUUUCUUCCAAAAAAAUGUGAUUGAUCUCAGUCUCCUGUUGUUGUUUUAUCAUCAUGGUUUCAAUAUUGGACUCUGGCUUCGGUGUUGCGGUGGUUUGGUUGCCCUGAAGCCGCUGUUUGGACAUUGUGCUUUAUGGCAGUCUGAGUGCCGUAGGUUGCUCUUGGAACAUCAGCAGUCCAGUCUUAUGAUAUCUGUAAAUACAAAAGGGAAACACAGAGAAAAGUGUUUUAGUAAAACUCAGCUUCAUGAAAACUGUGUUUCAAUAAUUUUAGGUACAGAAAGUAGAAGUCUUUUCAUUUUUAGACCAUUAGGGGGAGAUAUUUGUGUAGUUAGCUGACAAGUGAGAAGCAUUAAAGCCUGACCCAGAGGGACUGCUUCUAAGUAG